AUGGUCAACGCGUCACCUCCCAACAAAAGCUUCAGUCACAAUGACAACACUUCAGCCAUAGACGCUCAUCCCAACAGUGUCGCCGCUGCCACCAACUUGAUCGACCACGACACGGCAGCAGAGGCACCACAUCAUACCAUAUCGAGCGAAAGCGAGAGCAGUAAUGAUGACCAUCGCGACGAUGACACCACCAACGUGGGCAGCUUCUCAGACCCAACACAAGAGGUAACCUCCGAUGUAAAGUCAAUCAAUUCUCAACUUAUCCGUAUUGCAGAGUACAACAAUGAUGCCGAGUAUGAUCACACUAAUGCUAGUGACAAUGAUGACGUUAGGACCUUGCAGGCCAGUGCCGGAGAUUCAAACUACUCGGACACAGAUCUAAAGCGCGGGCCCUCGACCCGUGACCUUGAGGCGUCCAACUCGCCAACCCUGCCUCGCACUUCCACCCAUGCUGGACAUCAAGACGUAGAUGACGAGUACGAAACGCAUGCCUCGCUGCUCGGCACUGCCGGCUUUGUCGAUCGGCGUGGGACCGCCUCUCGACUCGCCGCCCGCUCAACCUUUUCCAGGUUCUGGGAGAUUGCACGAGAAGCGCUACCCACCUUGAUCGUAUCCGUGCUCUCGCUCAUGUUCUCGGGCGAGCUUCUCGUCCAUCUCGCACGCUGGCCCGUUUUCCAGAAAGUAGACAAACUUUUCAUUCUCAUUCCUAUCCUUCUUAACAUGAAGGGCAAUCUCGAAAUGAACCUCUCGCUCCGCAUGUCCACCUCGGCCAACAUUGGCGAGCUUGAUGUCAGAAGGACUAGAGAGACGCUUAUCCGAGGCAACUUGGCGCUGCUACAGGUGCAGGCGCUCAUUGUCUCCAUGUUUGCCGGCGUGCUCGCAUUCGUAUUGGGUGUUGUCACGCCUGAUCCGCAAGUUGACGUGCCUGCAUCAUCUCCAGCACCCAUCACGCCGCAUAAACAGACACCCGAGAAUGCUUUGAUAAGCAGCAUUGUACGAAGCGCGUUUUCCGCCGUCACCUUGCGGAAUCGUCGUCGAUCGCUUGCCAGUGCUGGUUCGCAACCAACAGCAUCCUGGUUGCAGAAGCGACGCAUCAUUCAUCACCAUCCAAAACCACCUUCGGACCCUGCUUUGCGACUUCGCAAUGGAUACUUUGAAUUUGUCCUCGUAAUUGCGACCGGCAUGCUCUCAGCUUCACUCUCAUCAGCCAUUCUCGGAUCGUUCAUGUGUGCGCUCGUCGUUAUGGCUCGACGCGCCGGUGCCAACCCAGACAACAUCGCUUCGCCCCUGGCUGCUUCGCUCGGGGACCUUACCACCCUCACUCUGCUCGGCUUGCUCGCAUCAUCGCUGGUGCAUUUCGAGGGCACCUUUCUGGCAACUGUCAUCCUUGCGGCCAUGGCGGUCGCCUGUAUCGCUUGCUUCGUCGUUACCUACAGGAACGCCUAUGUGAGGGAACUUCUGACAUCCGGUUGGGUCCCACUGUUGAUUGCCAUGUUCAUCUCGUCGGGUGCAGGAUUGGUGCUGGAUAACUUUGUCGGGCGAUAUCAAGGCUUUGCGCUGCUCGCUCCCGUCAUCAGCGGUCUGCCUGGUGCAUGCGCAGCCAUCUUUGCAUCACGCAUCACCACGGGUCUUCACUCGGGGAAAGGCGCCACACUCCUCCGCGCCUCCUCAAAGGCCGGCAGUGCAGGCGGCGUUCGAGGCAUGCUCGCUUCGAUUCGCUCCAUCAUGGCCAUCCCUCCCAUUGAGGGCUGGCUCGUGCCCAUCAGCUUACUCACCAUGGGUGUCGGUAUCAAGUCGACCUUCAUCAUUCUCAUCCGUGUUUCGGGCCAGAUGACUUUUGGUUGGAUCUUUGCCGUAUCCUUUGUCGGAGCCAGUGUAGCAGCCAACUUGUUUGCGCUCUACUUGGCACAUGUGAUCUGCCUGGUGCUGUGGAGUCGAGACUACGACCCCGACAUCUACUGUCUGCCGUUUGUUUCCUCGAUCGUUGAUGUCGUCGGUCAAAGUUUGCUAGUCAUGACUUUCACGGUAGCCACUGGAUUGGGUGACCACAUUACCGCAGCUGUCAACGCUGGUGCUGGUCACGGGGGUCUUUGA